AUGUCCGGUACGGACGUAAUAAAAACAUUUAAUGAGUUUAAGGAUAAAGUGAUUGUAGCGCCCAUAGAAGAAAGGACACACUAUCUUGGGAAGAAAGCAGGUAGAAUAGGUGAAGCGACAUUGAAGUAUACCGUGGGGGCAUAUAAAGCAAUGAAAAUUAUUCUCACUCAUAUUAUGAGGAUUACAGAAGAAGAGUUCGAACAGAUGUUGACUGAUUAUGAGAAGGAAU